GUAAGUGACCCGACUUGAAACUGCUUGGCCCUCUUUAAAAAGAAAUAAUAAAAUGGGAGAGAAUGAAGCAAGUUUACCUAACACUUCUUUGCAAGAGAAAAAGAUGGCCUAUCAGAAGGUCAAUGCAGAUCAGAGAGCUCCAGGACACUCACAGUACUUAGACAAUGAUGACCUUCAAACCACUGCCCUUGACUUAGAGUGGGACAUGGAGAAGGAACUAGAGGAGCCUGGUUUUGACCAAUUCCAGCUAGACAGUGCUGAUAAUCAGAACCUAGGGCAUUCAGAGACUACAGACCUCAAUCUUGAUUCCAUUCAACCAGCAACUUCACCCAAAGGAAGGUUCCAGAGACUUCAAGAAGAAUCUGACUACAUUAGCCAUUAUACACGAUCUGCACCAAAGAGCAAUCGCUGCAACUUUUGCCACCUUUUAAAAAUACUUUGCACAGCCACCAUUUUAUUUAUUUUUGGGAUUUUGAUAGGUUAUUACAUACAUACAAAUUGCCCUUCAGAUCCUCUAUCUUCAGGAAGACUUGAUCAUCAGUUAUACCAAGAGAUUCUCAAGACAAUCCAGGCAGGAGAUAUUAAGAAGUCUUUCAGAAAUUUGGUACAACUGUAUAAAAGUGAAGAUGACAUGGAAGUUUCAAAGGAGAUUAAGACUCAGUGGACUUCACUGGGCCUAGAGGAUGUACAGUUUGUAAAUUACUCUGUGCUGCUGAAUCUGCCAGGCCUUUCUCCCAGCACUGUGACUCUAAGCAGCAGUGGUGAGUGCUUUCAUCCUGAUGGCCAGCCUUGCGGUGAAGAAGCCAGAAAAGACAGGAGCCAAGACCUGCUCUACUCAUAUGCAGCCUAUUCUGCCAAAGGAACUCUCAAGGCUGAAGUCAUCGAUGUGAGUUAUGGAAUGACAGAUGAUUUAAAAAGGAUUAGGAAAAUGAAAAAUGUAACAAAUCGGAUUGCACUCCUGAAAUUAGGAAAAUUGCCGCUGCUUUAUAAGCUUUCCUUAUUGGAAAAAGCUGGAUUUGGAGGUGUUCUUCUAUAUAUUGAUCCUUGUGAUUUACCAAAGACUGUGAAUCCUAGUCAUGAUACCUUCAUGGUGUCACUGAAUCCGGGAGGAGACCCUUCCACGCCUGGUUACCCAAGUGUUGAUGGAUGUUUUAGACAAAGCCGAUCGAACCUCAGCUCCCUGUUAGUACAGCCCAUCUCUGCCUCCCUGGUUGCAAAACUGAUCUCUUCGCCAAAAGCUAGAACCAAAAAUGAUGUCUGUAGCCCUCUAGAGCUUCCAAAUAAUGAAAUAAGAGUCGUCAGCAUGCAAGUUCAGACAGUCACAAAAUUGAAAACAGUAACUAACAUUGUUGGAUAUGUAAUGGGCUUGACGUCUCCAGACCGGUAUAUCAUAGUUGGCAGCCAUCAUCAUACUGCACACAGUUAUAAUGGACAAGAAUGGGCCAGUAGUACUGCGAUAAUCACAGCGUUUAUUCGUGCCUUGAUGCCAAAAGUUAAAAGAGGGUGGAGACCAGACCGAACUAUUGUUUUCUGUUCUUGGGGAGGAACAGCUUUUGGCAAUAUUGGCUCAUACGAAUGGGGAGAGGAUUUCAAGACGGUUCUUCAGAAAAAUGUUGUGGCUUAUAUUAACCUCCAUAGUCCUGUAAGGGGUAAUUCUACUCUACGUCCUGUAGCAUCACCAUCUCUUCAGCAACUGGUAGUAGAGAAAAAUAAUUUCACCUGCACCAGAAGAACUCAGUGCCCAGAAACCAACAUCAGUUCUAUACAGAUACAAGGUGAUGCUGAUUAUUUCAUCAAUCAUCUUGGAGUUCCCAGCGUGCAGUUUGCUUAUGAGGACAUCAGGACAUUAGAGGGUCCAAGUUUUCUCUCUGAGGCCUUUUUUCCUACACAGUCCACAACAGUUGAAGAAAUGGAUCCGUUUUUCAACCUUCAUGAAACCAUUACUAAGCUUUCGGGAGAAGUGAUUUUGCAAAUUGCCAACGAACCUGUUCUGCCCUUUAAUGCACUGGAUAUAGCUUUAGAAGUUCAAAACAACCUUAAAGGUGAUCAACCCAACAGUCAUCAGCUGUUAGCCAUGGCGUCACGCCUGCGGGAGAGUGCUGAACUUUUUCAGUCUGAUGAGAUGCGACCUGCUAAUGAUCCCAAGGAGAGAGCACCCAUCCGCAUCCGGAUGCUGAAUGACAUUCUUCAAGACAUGGAGAAAAGCUUUCUGGUGCAGCAGGUGCCACCAGGUUUUUAUAGAAACAUCCUGUACCACCUUGAUGAACAGACAAGCCGGUUUUCAAUACUUGUGGAGGCUUGGGAACGCUGCAAACCCCUUGUGUCAGACGAGACCCUUCACGAAGCCCUGUCAGAGGUGUUGAACAGCAUUAAUUCAGCUCAGGUUUACUUCAAAGCAGGACUUGAUGUGUUCAAGAGCGUCUUGGAUGGGAAAAAUUGAGAAAACUCUGAGAAUUUUUUAAAGUUUGUUUACAAUUUCACAAGCAAAAGCUCUAAUUUAACCAGAUUUUCUGACGUUGAAGCCUUAUUUUCCCCAAUGGCUUUUUGACAAGUUUAAAGCUAUUAUUACAUUGUAUUUUUUAAAUGUACAUAUAAAAAGAACAUUUUGCACAUUUAAUAUUUUUCUUGUAUCUACAUUUCUGAAUAUGUAAAGCAAGUUAUUGAAAUGGUACUUAAGAAUUACCCAUUAAAAAUAAAUCAUAUAUAUA